AUGAUCAAAGACACGUCGGGUCACGAACACUACAUAGGACCUUCAGGGACUCUGAACUUUCUGAACCAACUCCGGCAUCUCGUUGAUUCAAAUAGUGCGCCUGGUGGCAGUGCCACGACGAAACCGGAGGGAGCCGCCAAGUUCACCGGCGAUGACAUUGCCCAGGCCCUCGAAGCGGACGAUGCCGAAGAACAACAGCCGGAGCAGACGGAUCCCGCCACCGCCGACUCGAUACAAACAGACGGGGUCUCCCCUGAUUCCAUCACCUCCGCCAUUGCGCGAGAUUUUGCGCGUUUCCCAAUUGCCGAUAUGGAAGAGAUUGUGCGACAGCUGCCCCCCAACGACAUCCUCGAGUUACUCAUCCACUCUUACUUCAAAAACGUCCAUGAUGAUUUUCCAUUGUUUCAUCGCGCCACUUUCGAAGAUGAAUAUGAGCUCUUCGUUGUCCGAACGCGAAGGAAUCCUCACCUCGCCCGGACACGGCCUCGUCCAGACUGGGGCUGGAUUGGUUGUUUAUACAUGGUGAUCGUGUUUGGAUCUAUUACGAACCGAAAUAUCCCGAACCUCGACCAUGCUCAGCUCCGACGGACUUCCGUAUCGAUGGCGCGAAGUCUCCUGCCACAAUUCAUAUCGAAAUGCUCCCUGACAAAUGUCCGCGUACUGCUUUUGCUGGCAUUGUUUUUGCAUAACAACAAUGAGCGCAACGCUGCCUGGAACCUGGUCGGGACGGCCACCAGGAUCUCGUUUGCCCUCGGUCUUCAUCGAUCGGAUAUGGCGUCCUCCUUUCGCCCUCUUGAGCGAGAGAUCCGCCGGCUGGUGUUUUGUACUCUGUAUUCGUUUGACCAAUUCCUCGAGCUGAGUCUGGGUCGUCCGAGCGGCAUCCACGAGACAGAUGCCCAGAUCGUUGCUCCUCGUGAGGGGUUUCUGGAUGGCAGCGACGGCACGGAUGCCAAGCUUUUAUCUUGGUCGCUCAAGCUUCAGGCUAUUCUUGGCCGAACUCGACUCAUGUAUAUUGGUAGGAGCCAGCGAGCGCCGUCCUCGGUACCCACUGUCGAGGAAGUCCUCACCACCCUGAGAAAUUGGAAAUUUGAGAUAAGCCAGGUACCUGGGUUUAACGUACCUUUGGUUAGGCUUCCCGGGGCGGAGGAGGCUGCUCAAGGGACGGGGGCACUGGACUUGGAGGACCUGAAGGCAUCGCUUGCGUGGAAGACAAGAUCGCAACUGCGAGCUGUCCUACUGUUGCACAUUCAGUUUCACUAUAUUGCCAUCGUGGCUACGAGAUCCAUCCUGCUCCGCAAUGUAUCCAUGAUGCGCAAAGCGUCUAGCCAGGCUGCAUCGUCUAAACCGGAACGUCUAUCGCCACACGCAGCUGUCUGCGUUAAUCAUGCGUCUCAACUCUGCUAUCUCAUAUUACUGCUGGACCAUUUUGAUGUUCUCAAUGGGCUUACUGGGCUGGACAUAUUUUACUGUUAUUGUGCUGCCAUGAUUCUCAUCCUACGGCUUCUCCUGCCACCCAGACAGGACUUGCAAGACCCGGGACCAGGGACUGAGGAGCUACACACUCAUUUGUUUAGCCUCGUAUCUACGGUUCGCGAUGUUAUUAAUGGCACCGACAAGUCUGGAUCCAUGAAACGCUUCGCUCGAGUGGUUGAUACGUUUGCGGGAUGUGUUAAUCUCGAAAAGCGCCAGGAGUUUCCUGGGAAUUAUAUCACUGCUUUACAAGCUGGGCCACAGCAAUAUGGAACGCCUAGUUCCGGCAUCAAUCCUAACAUGGCAGGGUCCAUGGACGAAAUGUCUCUUCAAAACUUCGGCAACCCAACGGGAAUGCUGGAUCUAUUCCCCUUUAUGACAUUUGGAGAGGAUGCGAUGGGGAUGAACAUGCCACUCCCGGGAGAUGGAGAAAUGCCUGUCUCCGAGUGGUCGAAUAUGCAGUUGUUUCUGGCUGGAUAUGGUGAUCCCGCAUCGAGUUGA